AUGGGUCCUACUUAUGAGCACAAUAUGAACCAAAAUGACGAGAAACAAAGUUGUUUGGUCAAAAAGAAAUCUCAAAAUGCACAAUGUAAACUUCCGCAGCGCUUGAAANUUGAUGACACUUAUGCAAAAUGUGGUGAAGUUUUAUUAAAAUCAAAUGAUCCUAAAUGUUCAAUCAGUUGUGAUUCUAAUGGAAAAUAUAGGUCAUAUAAUAGUAAAGUUACUGAACUGGCUAUUAUGAAUGUGGAACGUGAAAUCAAGCGAGUAGCUGAACGUCACAUUGAUCUCAUCAACGAAUGUCUAAAACAAACUCUAUAUACUUUCCCCGCUGAUUAUAUUAGUAGUAAUAUUUAUCGUCAAUUGCCAACUAAUGAAAACCAGCGCAAUAUCACGAUCAUUUUACACAGCGAUGGUGCACCUGCUAUUAGUGUGAACAAUAAGUUUUUAUGGCCUGUUCAAGAAAUCAUUGCAGAAAUAACAAUUCCGAUGAGAGAUGAAAUCUGCUGUUUUGCUUCUUGGUGCUUGGUUGGCGGAAAAAAGCCACCUCGUAAUCCUUUACUAAUAUCGAUUAUCACCCAACUGGAAGUUCUCAUGCGAUCACCAAUUGUGUUGAAACAGAAAGAUGGUUCUCGCUUGUCGUAUAAUGUUCGUAUACAACAAGCAAUUUUUGAUUUGCCUGCCCGUGGAUGCUCUUUGAAUAUUGUUCAAUAUAAUGGUUAUUAUAGAUGCAGCAAGAAUAUUACUUUAUUUAUAAAUAAAUAUUUACAUAUAAGAUGUAAACAUUAG